CACAUUUAUAUAUUAGCUGCAUAGCUGCUGCCGUUUUAUUCAAGCCGCUGUAAAACAAAAUGGUAAAGUUAAGUUAACUGUAGUUAAAUUGUUACAAAAGAUUUGUAUUACUACUGUGUAUAUUAUUCAUCGCGGUAUCUUGCGCACCUUGCGCUUCUACGAAACUACUCACGCUUUCGCGGCUUUAUUUACACGAACUCGCGUCCGCCCAGUGGGCUUCCGGUGUAGUAGUUCGGGCUCUUCUCUGAAGUUUAUUUUUUGCCGGUUAAAAUGAUAUUAUUGGAAAUAAACAACCGAAUAAUCGAAGAAACGCUCAAAUUGAAGUUCAAGAAUGCGCAGGCGGGGAAUAAACCCGAGGCCCUGGAGAUCACAAUUGCUGACUUUGAUGGUGUUCUGUACCACAUCUCAAACCCCAACAACGAUAAAACAAAAAUAAGGGUGAGCAUUUCCUUGAAGUUCUACAAGGACCUCCAGGAACACGGAGCGGAUGAGCUUUUAAAGAGAGAAUAUGGUGCCUUGCUGACCACACCUGAACCUGGCUACAAUGUGUCGCUGCUCUUUGACCUGGAGGACAUCCCUGACAACGUGGACGAAAUCAUCCGCAAGGCGAGCCACCUCAAGAGGAACUGCUUCGCAUCCGUCUUUGAGAAGUACUUCGACUUCCAAGAGCGCGGAGAGGUCGGGGACAAGCGGGCUGUGAUCCACUACAGGGAUGACGAGACCAUGUAUGUCGAAGCCAAGCCAGACAGAGUCACAGUCGUUUUCAGCACUAUCUUCAAGGAUGAGGGAGACGUUGUCCUGGGAAAGGUCUUUAUGCAGGAGUUCAAGGAGGGAAGGAAAGCGAGCCACACCUCUCCGCAGGUGUUGUUCAGCCACCGCGAACCCCCCAAGGAGCUGGAGAACACGGAUGCACGUGUGGGGAACAACAUUGGCUACAUCACCUUUGUGCUCUUCCCGAGGCACACCAACCGCCAGGCGAGGGACAACACGAUAAACCUGAUCCACAUCUUUAGGGACUAUCUACACUACCACAUCAAGUGUUCCAAGGCAUACAUCCACUCUCGGAUGCGAGCCAAGACCUCGGACUUCCUGAAGGUGCUCAACCGGGCUCGACCCGAACUGAAAUCCGUAGAGAAAAAGACAAUCACGGGCCGGACAUUCACACGCAACUAGCACUGGCAUAGCUUCUACACAACAGCCUCAGUGAGGUCCAUUUGUUUAACCUUGGCACAGGAAGGAUGAUGCAGUUUUAAUUUAUAUGCCACAGAAACAUACUUACCUUGUUGUGUUUGAUAAAUAAUUCUAGCCUCCCUUCCCUCCUAUUUCCUUUUUUGUAUCUAUGCCAUGAUUAUUUUUAGUUCAUUCAGACCUCUACACACAGUGAGAACUGAGAAGUAAGCUUGUGAUGAGUGGCAGGGGGUAUGCAGGCACACAAACACAAUUCUUGGGCUUUACUUUGAGUGGCUGGGUCAGGAGCCUCUGCUUUUUAUAUCGACCACUUGAUUUCUAGGCAGUUAGAAGUCACAAAUACACUGACAGCAGCCCCUGGGUCAAAGGCUGUGCUCUGUACAUACCGACGUUAAGAUGAUUAAAACUAAGUUCUUUAAAUA